AUGUUCAGAUGGAUCAAUGAGGACCGUCACACCAUGCUACGACAGACGCUGGCCAAGACACGGAGGCUGGGCAUGCGGGGGCCGGCCUACAUGUUCAGCGCCCGCUCAGCCAGCCUAUCCCUGACCGAGGAGCGCUUCCUGGACGCGGCGGAGUACGGCAACAUCCCCGGGGUCCGCAAGAUGCUGGAGGAACUUCCUGAACUCAACGUCAACUGUGUGGACUACAUGGGCCAGAAUGCAUUACAGCUGGCGGUGGCCAAUGAGCAUCUAGAGGUUACGGAGCUGUUACUGAAUAAGGAUAAUCUGGCCAGGAUAGGGGAUGCUCUUCUGUUGGCUAUCAGUAAAGGAUACAUUAGGAUAGUGGAGGCUAUAUUGAGUCACAGGUCCUUCGCAGAUACACAGAGGCUCGUCAACAGUCCUGGCCAAGCAGAGACACAAGACGACUUCUUCUCCUAUGACGAGGAUGGUACACGGUUCUCUCAUGACAUCACCCCCAUCAUCCUGGCCUCUCACUGCCAUGAGUACGAGGUAGUACACAUCCUCCUGAGGAAGGACGCCCGUAUCGAGCGACCACACGACUACCUCUGUAAGUGUGGCACCUGCAGCUACCACCAGAAGCAUGACUCGUUCAGCCACUCUCGAUCCCGUAUCAAUGCCUACAAAGGGCUGGCCAGCCCGGCCUACAUGUCUCUCUCUAGCAAAGACCCUGUGAUGGCUGCCCUGGAGCUGAGCAACGAGCUGGCUGUCCUGGCUAACAUCGAGAAGGAGUUUAAGAAAGAUUACAAGGAACUGUCCGUGCAAUGUGAAGACUUUGUGGUCGGACUGCUGGACCUGUGCCGUAACACGGAGGAGGUGGAGGCCAUCUUGAAUGGGGACAUUGAUGCCAGUGAAAACUAUGAGCCACAUGGAAGACCAAGCUUUAUAAGACUAAAGCUCGCAAUAAAAUAUGAAUUGAAGAAGUUCAUAGCCCAUCCAAACUGCCAGCAGCAACUCAUGUCUAUCUGGUACGAGAACCUGUCUGGACUGAGACAGCAGACCAACGUUGUCAAGUUUCUGGUAGUUCUGGGUGUAGCUGUUGGACUGCCUGUCCUGGCUCUGCUCUACUGGGUGGCACCGACGAGCAAGCUGGGGAAGAUAAUGCGUGGUCCCUUCCUGAAGUUCGUGGCCCAUGCAGCUUCCUUCACCAUCUUCCUGGGCCUGCUGGUGAUGAAUGCAGCGGAUCGCUUCCAGGGUACCAAACUGCUCCCUAACAUGACCGUACAGGACCACCCCUCUCAGCUGUUCAGGAUGACGACCACCCCCUUCAACUGGAUGGAGAUACUCAUCAUAUCCUGGGUCAUAGGAAUGGUCUGGGCUGAGUGUAAGGAGAUCUGGUCCCAGGGGGCUCGGGAAUAUCUUUCAGAGACAUGGAAUCUUCUAGACUUUGGAAUGCUGAGCCUUUUCGUGACAUCCUUCAUCACUAGAUUUAUGGCGUUCUGGCAUGCGUAUGCAGCACAGAGCUACGUCAACAAGCACUAUACCAACCUGUCCAACAUUACCCUGGUCCCAGAGAUAGAGUACUACAGACUGGCCCGUAAUAACUGGGUUCCCUCGGACCCCCAGAUCAUCUCAGAGGGUCUGUAUUCCAUCGCUGUGGUACUGAGCUUCUCUCGCAUCGCCUACAUCCUCCCAGCUAAUGAGAGUUUCGGGCCCCUGCAGAUAUCUCUGGGACGCACGGUGAAAGAUAUCUUCAAGUUCCUGGUGAUCUUCAUCAUGGUUUUUGUGGCCUUCAUGUUUGGAAUGUUCAAUCUCUACUCCUACUACCUGGGAGCCAAGCAGAACGACGCCUUCACCACGUGA